AACAGUGCUACGAACCGGAGAGAGAGAGAGAGAGAGAGAGAGAGAGAGAGAGAGAGAGCAGCCGGACCUAGGACGGUGGGAAGGAGAGAUGGAGAGGGUUUCGGCAGCUUGCGCCAUGGAAUGGAGCAUCGAGCUCGAAAAAGGCCUCCGAUCGAAAAAUCCUGGUCAACCCAUUGAGUCUGUGUUACAGAUUGGGCCGAAACUCCAACAAUGGAGCAGAGAGCCAACCAUUUCGAUGGCAAUAUCAAACAUGUUUGGUUUAGUCCAGGGAGAAGAUAGGUUGUUUGCAAAUGCGAUUCUUCUUAGGCUUGCAGAUGCAUUUAGGUCUGGGGACAACCAUAUGAGGGCCUGUGUUUUAAAGGUUUUUCUUUCGGAGUUGAAAAACCGUAGCAAGAAGGGUAAACUAUACAAUGGCAUUCUGGCCAAGGAGAGGGUACCUAAUUAUAUAGAGCUACUGAAACGAGUAAAGAUAGUUUUUGACACGGGUGAUGUCAAAUCAAGAGCAUUAGCUUUACGUCUCCUUGGUUGUUGGGCUGAUCUUGCAAAGGAUAGUGCCGAAAUACGCCACAUGAUUCUGUCAACUCUGGAGUCACGCCACUUUUUGGAGGUAAAAGCAUCAUUAUUUGCUGCUGGUUGCUUUUGUGAGUUAUCGGAGGACUUUGCCUGCAUCAUUCUAGAGAUGCUGAUUAAUAUGGUAACCUCACAAGGAGCACCUGGUGAUGUGAAGCUGGCGGCUGCACGUGCUUUUGCUAAAAUGAGGUGCUCAUCUUUAAUUGCAUGUAGAGCUUACAAGGCCUGUAAGAAGCUGGUGCUGGCCUCUUCACCGGAAGAAUUUGUAGCUGAGAUGCUGUUGUCACUAUCAAAACUCUCUUUCAAGUCCAUGCUGUUGAUUCAUGAGCAGGUAGACCUGCUCUUAUCAUUUAUUGGCUGUCAAUCUGCUUCUCUUGUGCCUACUGCACUGAAAUGUCUGCAUUUCCUCUCAAAGGGAGUCUGUUGUUCUCCUGUCAAUGUGAAUGUACUAACAGCACUUUCCAAAAUGCUAGAUAAUGACAACUUUUCACUGGAUUUGCAGUGUGAAGGUUUACAGAUUUUGCAUAAGAUAUCUCGUAUUCUACCAAGUCUUCCCGACAUGGAUGCACAGGAAUUCGUUAAGAUGAUAGUAAUUGUUGAGAGUGCGGCUAAAUCUCCCAUAGUUUCCAAGAAAUCAUUGGCUCUCAGUCUGCUUGUAGAUAUAUCAUGCAUCCUCAAGAGGAUGCCGAGAGGGCAUUGGUGCCACAGUCUUGAACAGUUGUCAAUUCCACGUGGACAUCCUGAAGACAGUAUGCGAACUGUAGCAGAUGGCAUGGGACCUCUCCCACAGCGUGUUGCCCUUUUAGUAAUAGAUGAGGUCAUCUCGCUUGCAAAACAAGUGCAUGGUGGGUCCCAUGUAGAAGGGUCAGUACAUACACUGACACAAACCCCUGAUGUUGCCGCCACCUCUAAGGUGAAUCAAGAAUGCCAGUACUUGCUCAACCAUAUUCUUCGUCUGGUUGGAGAAUAUCCUACAUUGGGUCUCAUGAUUCUGGAUAGUGUCCGAUGCUCAAUAGAACUGCUUGUGAACACAUGCACUGCUUUCAAUGUUGAAGCUGAUGGUGCUCAUGGAGAAGUCUCUGAAAUGGACAUAGAUUCUGAAAAACCAAGUUCUUCUUGUCAUGGGUUCAUGGGAUUCAAAGGCAAAGAAGUGGAUCCUACUGCUUCAGACCUUAUACUGCACCUAUGCAGGUUUGUUGGAGCUUUCCUGGAAACACUUGAUGAAGCUGAUGCAAUUACUAGUGAAGUUUAUAACUUGGUGAAGCUUUUGGUUGAAUGCAUACAAAGGACUGGCUUUUUUUACCACAACAUGUGCAUGAUUUUCUCACUUCUCUUGAAUUCUCGCCUCAUGUGGUAUUGCUCUGGAAGCGAGAAUGGCACGACUGGCAACAGAAGCAAAGACUUGAAUAAACUAGAGCUAGUUGCUUGCUCAAGCAAAGCUCACUAUGAUUGUUGGGUGGAUCAUGAACAGAUGACACUUGAGUUCGCAAAGAAGAUGAUAGCAGAGAGUAAAUUUUGGGCUGCGUACAAGGCCGGAAAGUAUGCUGCUUGUCAGGAUGCGUGGUUUGCGGCUAUGUUUACAUUUAGGCUAUUGAUAAAACAAGCAAAAUCAGAUCCCUGUCGUCACUGGUUAGAGUCUCUGGCUCUAUUUUCUGGUGCUGAAAGUGAAAUCCGAUUAAUGCUUUUUCCGAGACAAGGGAUCCAGUUAAUCAGUGGGUUACAGGUGAAUGGUGAUGGGAGUGUAGGGGAAGUUGGUCCAGGCGAUUUAGAAAGUGCUGAUUUGUGUAACUUUCGGGAAAAGCUUGCCACCGCUUAUAACAGAGUUCGCUCUGCUGAAAAAACGUUGGUUGCUGCUGUCGCUGUGGAUCAACCCUUUUAUUUUCAAAGGUGGUUUUUGAGUCUUAGAGCUAAAGUUCUCGAAACUGUCAUAGAUCUACUUGGGCUCUUGAGUUCCAUGAAAAGUACUGGUGAAGGUGUAAAUGAAGAUGGUCGGGUUGAAGAAUGUGCUCGGAUUGGUUUUCCAAUACAUAAACAACAUAUGCAUUCGUUAAAGUACAAUUUGACUCAUAUUUCUAUUCGACUGAAGAGAUUAGUAAAAGAGUUUGAUCUUCUCGCGACAUCUUUCAUAGGCAUUGAUUACAAAAGCUUUAGAAGCAUCUUGAGGCUCGCACUCAACUGUUCAUUUCUGGCCUUCUGUGCUGGCUUUGCUAUAUACUUCAGGAAUCAACCUGGUCACAACAGCAUCAUAACCUGCAUUCUAGAAAAGUCAGAGAAGUUUUCACCUUCGAUGUUGAUACAGGAUCUUAUUGAGCGCUUGUGGCAUAUAGACAGCAAGACCAGCACAGAUCUCCAGCUGUUUCUGAGUAGUAUGGGUGAGCCAAGUAGUUACCUACAGUCAAGAACGCAGAUAUCUAGCUGUGGCCAUAAAGAGAGAGCUACUUUGAUGGUUUGUAGGGUUGCUGUAUCAUCCGUUCUCCGCAUGCAAGAAGAGUUGAAGGGAGUGCAAAAUGAGGAGGAUCUAUGCCGACUUUUCCAGGCUGGGCUGCAACUUCUUUCCGACAUAGUAAGGAAAUGGAUGUACAUGCCUUUCCUGAUACCCCAAUAUUUCUUUAGAGUAAGGCCCUGCAUCGGUGCCGAGCUCUUUGCUUUCAAUGCAGAUACACGGAACUCUGGCAGGAUCUCCAUCUCCCGCGGCUUCCACCUCUCCCUGAAUCUCUGCAUCCAAAUGAAAAACACAUCACCCAAGUCUCAAAUUCAUGUCUCUAAGCUGUACUGCAUUGUUGCAGUCAAGGCAUCAGACCGCCUACCCGAAGCAAAUGGAGAAAGAAAGGAGCAGACCCAGUUGGACUUCCAGCCUUGGAACACAGACGAAAUGGUGGAUUUGAAUGAGUUGCUGCUGCUUCAUAUGAGGGAGGAUGGCGGAAGAAUGCAUCAUGGGGUUGGCGGUGAUGCGGGUCUGGUGAAGGCUUUUGUGGGUUUUGAAGCAAAUGAGAGGGGGCAGGGAUUUUCAACGUGCUUGCUUGAUGUAUCUGCUUUUCUGGAGGGUUGCUACCAAAUCAUAUGGCAGAGCUGUUGCAUUGACAGCAAAGGCUCUAGUUGGAGUCUAUUGCCUUUGAAUGCUGGUCCUGUAUUUUGCAUUAAGAAGCCAUCUGCUGCUGUUUGAUUAUCUUAACUUAAUACCAUGUUGUGUUUUAGCAUGUUUCUGUGUUUGGAAGUUACCCCACAUUGAUAUUUGCCCCGAUAUCCUGGGGUCGCUUGGGUAUUGAAUUCACUGAGCAUUGAAGUGA